AUGUCAGGAAAGAAUACAAAAUCGCGUAAUACGAUCCAGACGCAGCUGAGGCCUGGUUUACACACCGCAGCCCCGCCUUCAGGUGAGCCGCCAGGUUCCACCGAAGCGGAGGCUAGCCCUGACGCCGCUGCCCUUAAAGUGGAGCUAAUGACAUCGCUGAAAGAAGACAUCGCCGAGAUAAUAAAAAAGCAGUUGCAGGAGACGCUCGGGGAUUCUUUGUCGACUAUCCAGCUUGAUCUACAAACCGUGAAAACACAGCUCGCGAAUAAUAAAGCAGCUACUGAUGCUACAUUAGCCGAGCUCAAGUGCACCGUGGGAGAAGUGGAAAACGCUGAAUGUUCCGAUGACAUUGCUGUGAUGAAAGCAACAAUCAGUAGCCUGACUGCUAACGUUGCCAAGCUCGAAAAUAAAUGCGAGGAUUUAGAAUCCAGAUCCCGGCGUAACAACAUUAGGAUAGUGGGGGUUCCCGAGGGCCCCGGUACGUGUGACACCGCUGCUGUAUCUGCCUUGCUGAAGGAAGCGUUCGCUUUGGAAAAGGAGCCGCUUCUGGAUCGGUCACAUCGGACCCUUCAACCAAAGCCUCAGCCAAAUGAAUGA